AUGACUCUGAGGCCCUACUUAGACGCUGUGCGAUCGUCGUUGAACGCCGCAGUGUGUCUGACCAAUUUCUCGUCACAAAUUGUCGAACGCCACAACAAACCUGAGGUUGAAGUACAGACGAGCAAAGAGCUCGUGUGCACACCACUGUACAUCUCUCGCAAUGAGAAAGAGGGUGUGCUGAUUGAAGGGUCCAUCAACUCAGUGCGCGUCUCAGUCAAGGUCAAGCAGGCCGAUGAGAUCGAACAACUGCUGUGCAAAAAAUUCAUGCGCUUCCUGAUGAUGCGAGCGGAGAACUUUGUGGUGCUGCGACGAAAGCCGGUGGAUGGCUAUGACAUCAGCUUCUUGCUGACCAACUUUCACACUGAGCAAAUGUUCAAGCACAAGCUGGUCGACUUUAUUAUUGAGUUUAUGGAAGACAUUGACAAAGAGAUCAGUGAAAUGAAGUUAUCGCUCAACGCACGCGCGCGUAUCGCCGCCGAGGAGUAUCUGAAGAUGUUCUAA